UAAUAUUUCAGGAUAUUACCGGGCUACAUUUCUGUAAAUAUAGUUUAUAUUCAUUGUUGUUUGCAUUGGAAUUACAAUCGCCAUGUCCCGACAGAAGCAGCCACAAAUUUUGGAAAUUGAACCCAUGAAUGAAAUUCGAUUCAAAGGUCCAUUUACUGAUGUUGUGACGUCUCAUCUCAAAUUAACAAAUCCAUCGGACAAGCGAGUUUGUUUCAAAGUCAAAACAACAGCACCUCGUAGAUACUGUGUGAGGCCUAACAGUGGUUUUGUUGACCCAAGUGGGAAUGUGAAUGUCUCAGUUAUGCUUCAACCCAUGGACUCUGACACACAAGACAAAGGUAAACACAAGUUCAUGGUUCAAUCUAUGUUCGCACCUGAUGUGGUGGAUGAUGUGGAUAAGUUGUGGGGUUCAGCUUCUCCUGCAGAUCUCAUGGAUUCAAAACUCCGCUGCGUGUUUGAAGAACCAGAAAAGGUAGCAGAGGAAGCAGUCACUACACCCUUGAAGGUUGAACCACCAGUUAAAGCUGAGGCGUUUCAACCCACAAUGGUAAAGUCUGAAACAAACAAUGAAUCAAAAGCUGAACUUCAUUCAAUUAUGGAGGAAUGUAAACGACUUCAGUCACAAAAUGCCAAACUCAAGCAGGCGUAUGAUGAAAUCAAGGCAAAAAUGUCUCCCGGUGUCAGUUCUAACGGUGAUGCUCUCAAGCAACAAAAGCAGCAGUUUCAACUUUUUAUUAUCCUCGCUUUUGUGCUAGGUCUUCUGCUUGGGUAUAUUCUACUAUAACUCCAAUUGCGGUCGUUUUGUAAACAGAUAUGGUGUGUACCUGCUUCUACCAAGCUGGUACAGUUUCGAUAUUGUUAUAGGUUGUGGCUGUUUACUCACUAUCAAAGCAGGCAUUUUCCAAAUACUUGCAAACUUAUUUUAUCAUAGACAGAAUAAUAAUUAUAUGUAUAUUGCUCCAUGGUUUUACGGACGUACUUUUUACGUUACAUUAUAUGUGAUGCGGCGACUGGUUUAAUAGGUUUAGUUGGUGUUGGUUGUUUUUUUCGAACACUGGAUUGAAGUUGUACCCACAAUAUAUUAAGCAGUGCAAACCCGGAAAAAAAUUCUUAAAAGCCGGGCCUUGCUGCAAUAGGACUGCCCGUUUGUGAUAAAAAAAAACCUGGCAAAAUAGAUUAAAGUUUGUUUUCGGCAGUUUUUUCGCGUCCUGUAUAUACGAGCUGUUUAAAUUGUCGUCUGGAUUGCAAACGUAUAUCGCUGGGAGCUUCGUCUCCGCUACGAUGUAUAUUGCUUUGCUGUAUGCUCCAAAGUGUGGCAGUUGGAACCUAAUAAUUAUCUUGAUCGAUACGGAGCACGCCAAAUAAGAAGAUGUACACAAAUAAAUCGCUCCACCUCUAUAACCGUGCAUGUUUAGAAUAAAUGCAAAUCUUUUUCGUCAAAAUGUAGAACUGUUGUUUCUCUGUACACUUUUUGAUGUUUUAAGAGCCGCCCCUAAAGUCCACAGUUUGUAGGCCUACACCGGUUACUGCAAAGCUUGUUCACUUUUCUGUCGCUGUAUUUUUGCAGCAAUAAGUUGAACAAUUAUAUAUAAAUUACCCAUAUUUGUAUGACUGUAUAGCGUUUAAUUAAUAUACCAUUGGUUUGAAAGAAUUAUUAUAGCGUUCUUCAAUGCUGUACAUGUCGGGCAGUGGCAUAUCGAAUAAAAGACAACUGAACGAA